GAGCAGAGGCCAUUGACAGCUACAGAGGUAAUACUGACUGCAGUUGAUAUUUGCUUGAAUCUUGAGAAACCAGCUUACGAUGAUGCUCUGGUGGUUCUCCAGAGCACAAACCUUGCACUUUCUUAUUAUGAAGGAGAAACUGUAUUGAUCACUGAGGAGGCAGACUGGAAAAGACGUGUUUUCCUGUGUCUGUGCAAGAAAUUUAUGGAUGACAAGCAGUUACACAUUGUGAAGGAAUUGCUCUCUCAAGUUGGGAACAUUGAUGUGUUUGCUAGAGAUGUGGUAAACGUCCUUUACAAUGAAUUAGUUGUCGCCUUGACCAACAAUAAUGAACCAUAUGUCACUACAGAAAUUGUUAAAAUAAUGGAUGCAAAUUCAAUUUUAGUAGAUUCAGAAACAACAAGAGCUCUUGUGAGGGGUUUUGGAGCAGCAGGAUUUGGAGCACAAGCAAGGCAACACUUCUCGAAUGGUUGCGAUGCGGGUGUUUAUCCAGACUCCUUCAAAAUAGAUGAUCCAUGGACAGUGGUCAUUGGAACUAGUUUUUCGGCAGUUGAAGACAGCCAGCGUUUUAAAUUCACGUGUGUUUUGACUUCUCCUCUUCUCCACUUAUGCAGUUCCACUUCACGGGAGUAUAUUAAUGAAGAUUCGAAGAACCAUUGA